AUGGCACUUUACAAUCUGGACAAAAGGACAAUUUCUUUAUUCAAAGGCUAGUGACAACCACACUUUCAACCGAGCCGGUCCGACAAACAGUCUCCUGCGGCACUCAAUUUGAAAACGGAAGCGCGUUCGCGGUGCUUGCGCAUUCCCCGUUACCGAAAGACUGAAAUUUCGGGUUAUGCCCUGUAUUGGGCUACUUCCAUUCGGAAAAUGAAAAUUGUGGAUUGUGAAAGUUGCGCUAGAAAUAAUAAUGGUAUUUGAACACAAAAACAUGAGAUUUCUCAGCGGAGAUCGGUUUCCGACAGACUUUUCCAGUAUUUUCGCCUUUUUCGCAUCAAAUUCGCUCUUUUUAAGUUUCUAUUUGAGCCGUUGUGGUCAUUCGAUAGACAAAAUCAUUCUUAUUAAUAAAAGUCUUCACGGGUAUGUCCGUCUGUUUGUUUGUUUGUUUGUUUGUUUGUUUGUUUGUUUAUUUCUCCGUUUGUCCGUCCCCACUUCAUUUCUAAAACGAAAAGUGUGACGGAGAAAUGAAGAAACGGACACGUGAACCUCAAACAGCUAUGAGAAACAAACAAGCGGAGCAGCCGCUUCCGAGCGUCAGCUCGGUCUGAGCCACGGAAGGGAGGAGCCGAAGGCUCCGACACAAGACUGACGGCGGCGUUAGCCGCCAGUUGAGUCUUGUUCUUCUUUAUCGAUAAACGCGAACACUUUUUAAAAAAUUUCAUUCCUGAAUUUUGCGAUCCAGCGAAACAAAGCCGCUAGUUAUUCAGGCUCGAAAAGUCUUGUCACGGCGAACAUUUUGAACAUGCACGGGCCCGUUUUUAUCGCUCCGUAUCGCGGGAAAUUCAAACCGUGUUCACAAAUGUUCGCCGCGGCGCGCCGUGCUUGUCUGGUCACAAGACUUUUAAGUUUUUUAACGGUUUCAAAUUUGCAGGAAAUUGUCAUUCAGACGCAGUACGAUUGGCAUUGGAGAUUCUGAAAGACAAACCGCGGUGUUUAAUUCAACAUGCCUCGAUACAUGCUUGGACCCUCGAAGAUGGAGCAGAAUUACGAGAGAAAGACGAGUCGUUUUAUUUCACGAACGACAUCGAACUUAACAUUGAAGCUGUCAUGUCAUCAAAAUCGGAAACAGUUGUUUUCAUAGACUUUGACGUUUACGUGCUCCUUCAUGGGUUCAGCAAGACAUUAUCUCUUCUGAGAAUGCUUAAAUGUGAUGAGUUUUUACUCUAUUUCGAAGUGAAUAAAAAUCGAUUUCAGAUCAGAAAGCAGUCAGCAUCACAUGCUCUUCAGAUUUUCCAUCAUUGGGACAACUAGAAACAUUUUCUGAUGUUUUUUAUUCGAUGUAGAUACAGGGAGAACAUUCGAUUGCAAAUUCUCAAACUGAUAAAUUUUCUAACUAGACUCAGGAAAAAAAGGCGCUGGCGCCGGCGCCGUCGGUCGGCGCCUAAUUGGGGGCCACAUCGGCGCCGGCGCCGCGGCAAUUCGGCGCCAAAUCGGCGCCACUAAACGGCGCCGGCGCCUUUAUUUUCCUGAGGACUGGAUAAGCAAAAGCACCGAUAUUCGAAUUUCAUUUAAUUAGCACUUCGACAAAUGGAGCUAGGGAUGCCGAAAAGGCGCCUGUUUUGCAAAUAGCGUGUGUUUUACAAAACAGGCGCCUGUUUUUCAGGCGCCUGAAAUUGUCUGUUCUGCAUCCCUAAAUGGAGCUAUUUAGAUUGAAAAAAUCAGCGAACUAUUGAUAAAUGAGCCGGUUAUCGAAACUUUCAAUCUAAUUAGCCUUUUCAGUCGAAUAAGCAAAUUUAUCAGUGUACAAGACUUUUGGAUCCUGGGCUCAAUGCGCGGGCCGAACUUACGCUCGGAAGCGGCCUUGCCGCUAAGAGGAGGCUACCCCAUAGUUGGCAUGGGCCGGGCCUUUUUGAAAUGCGGGCCGAGCGGGCGGGCCGGGCCGUGAAAAUUUUUUCCAGCCCGGCCCGGCCCGGGCGGGCUGGCGGGCCGGGCCCAAAAAGCACAACUAUGGGCUACCUCAAAUCAGAACUGCCCCGAAUCAGAACUGUGUCCCAAAUCAGAACGCUCCCAAAUCAGAACUGCCCCGAAUCAGAACUGUGUCCCAAAUCAGAACGCGCCCAAAUCAGAACUGCCCCGAAUCAGAACCUAGCUGCCGCUGGUUUUCGCAAUCAAAAGAUUGCGAAAAGAUUGGCCGCGCAUUUCAAAUUUUCCCGAAUUAAGUCUGAGAAAUCUUUGAUUCGUUUGUAUAGGCUCACAAUUAGAAAAAAUUCUUCAUUUAUUUAUAGUUCACGGCUCGUCACCUGUCUCGAGCCGCUCGUGACUCGAGCCUGUUCCGGCUCGAGCCGCUCGAGAAUGCUCGUGCUCGAGCAUCUCGUAGACGAGCCGCUCGAGACAUUCCACGAUUUCGUCUCGAGCGCUCACUCUGCCCUUGAGAACGCAAUUGAGUCGCUACGCAGCGACAAAAUACGUGUUCGCAAAUAUUCGCCGUGUUGUUGCAGAUACGAAACAAGAAAUGCAGACGUUUUCGAUUGUUGUGUUCACGUUUUAGACAAGAAAGGAAAUAUCACUACUUCGGUAUGGUGUGGUUAUUCUUUUUACUAGUAUUAUCGGGGCACCGGUUAGAAAGAGCGCUAUCUUAAGAAACUCGUUUUGCAGUGCAAAUUGAGUGACCCGGGGCCGAGUUUGGAAAGUUAGGCCACGUUUUCAGUGGAAAAUUACUUCGCGGCUUAGAAAUUCGGCCAGAUUGCGAACAGAGCACGCUUUCUUUCCGGUGCCUCCAUAAUAACAAACUUUAGGAUAACAAGGUGAACUUCGUGACUGGAAGAAAACCAAUAUUCACGGUAGUCAGGAACGCUUCGUUUGUCGAGGAAAAUCAAAAAAACCCCAUAGAUUCUGUGGGGGAAGUUAAAUUCGUAGAGUUACCAUUUUUCGAAACGAGAAGAGAAGAUGGUAUUUCAUUUCUCUAGAGAUGCGUUUCACCACUUGUGCGUUGUUCAGGAGUAGCUGUUCGAGACGCUACUAAGAAGAAGAUCAGAGUGGGAGGAAAAGUAGUUUACGAGCCUGACCAUGACGAUGAUAUCGACGACAGCGAUCCAGAUGACGACCUCACAUUAUAA